UGAAAAAAUGGCGUCUUUAUUGCCUCACGGAGAUGGCUGAUUUAUUUUUCAAGUGACAACUACCAAAAUACGACGAUAAGAUAGUAGUCAUCCGUGACAACACAUAGAAGGGACAUUCCUCUAUAUUUGUGUAUUUUUAUUUUGUGAUAUGUCGUAAAAGAUUGCAUUUUAACCGUGUAUAAAGUUUGACAUUUUCCAGCGUAAACAAAACAUGGCCGCAACACAAAUGUAUAACCCGGCAGGGUUCUCGACCAACAAUAUGACUCAGGCUGUUACUUCAGACAAGCCUGUUAUACCUCUUGUAAAGCACAUAAUUACAGAUGAAGAAAUUGGACUUCUCAAGGGUUCCAAACUCCAGCCAAUCAACAUGAACCGAGUGGUGAAGUUAUUAACAGAUCCACAUUCCGUGAUGCUCUAUGAUCGUCACAUCAAUGCACUACAGCGACUUGUGAGACACUACGAAAAGGGAUUUCCAAUGAAGGAUUUAGUUCAGGUAUGUAAGGUCCUGAAUGUCUGUUCCGAUAAAACCCAAGAACGACCCAUGUACGAAACACUCAUCUGUGAUAUACUAAAGAUCUGCAGCCUGCCAUUCCUCAAAGAGAAGUCCUCCGACGAACUCAUCUACGAACAAAUUGUCACGGAAUCUGUAUCCCAGCUCGCUUAUCUGAUGAGAGUCCCAAGUAGAGAUGUGAGAAAACAGAUAUGUAAAACGUUGGUGAGCUUCUACACUGAAAAACCUGCAUCUCAAGACGUUCAGAAGCACAAACCGACAUCAAUUUCCUACAACCAGAAAAUCAUAGAAAACAGCGACGUCUCGGAGACACUCGUUAAGUCAUUGGCCCUACUUGAGAAUGACAUAGCUAUCAAACUUGCUGUCUUAGAUGUUCUCCAGCACUUCUCAAAAAAUUCAGCCAAAAACUGUGACCAGAUGUUGAGGGUAGGUGCAGGAAAUCGCAUUUGUUCACGGAUGACUGAUGCUGACGCUAGUGGUCAGUUGUUGUUCCGCUCUGUCGACAUCUUGUGGAACCUUCUGGAGUUUGGUGAUCAGGGACAACUGGCUACUCAGCUGGACAAUCUCAGCUGUAUCAACCAAUUACGAGAUGCUUUCAUCUACCAGCUUACUCAAGGAUACAGCCAUUAUGACCGUCAGCUGAGGAACGAUUUGCUUGUCAUAGCCACAAUGAUAGCCACCAAGUGUCCCAAUGCACCAUUUGUGGAGACAGGCUUCGCAAAACAACUCACUCUCUUUGCUACAUUCCAGGAAGUGAAAAGUCACAACGCUCUUGUAAAACACCUGAAGCUAAUGAAGAACCAUGAAGAUUUUGAAUUAAAGAAACUGCUGUUCAACAUCCUGGUCACGCUCAGUAAAGACUCCACAGCAGUUCCGGUUUUGUCAGAAGGCCACUUGAUGUUGUCCCUGUUCAGUUUUGUACGAGCAAACGAGAACACAAUGGGACCGCGAGACUGGACUUCUGCACAGUUUGAGGAAGUGCAGCUGCAUGCCAUGUCUUGUCUGUGUGCUCUAUGUCCAUUGAUGAUUGAAGAUUACAUGACAUGUCAGGGCAGUACUAGGAUCCUUCUCCUCCUCGAGUGGUGUGUCGGCAAAGAGGACUUUGGUGGACAUGGAAACAGUAUCCACGGAACUGGAGGGAGGGGCAACAAACGUGCUCAGAUGCGUCACUGCCUGCGUUUGUUACGGAGUGUGGUGUCCACUGGUGACGAGGUUGUUAUUCAGGAUCUCGCUGAUCAGGGAGCCAUCAACCAGAUUAUCACAAUUUUGUCGAAUGCCAUCCGUAGCCAAAGUGAAGAUGACGCCAUCGAUGUGGAGAUGCAGUCGGACAUGUUGCUGAUCCUGUCAUGUUUGUGUGAUGGAGAUAUGCACAGAAAAGAACUUUUUGGUACUAAUGGUGUGGAUGUCACUAUACACUAUCUCAAGACAGACUCCAAACUUCUGAGUAGUGGGCUGGGACAUCACCGACUUCUCCUGGCCGCGGUAGACUGUGUCUGGUGCUCCAUCGUCAACUGUUACGGCACCGAGGAUUACUUUCUGGAGAAGGAAGGCGUGUUCCUACUGAUUGAUCUACUGGAGGUUUGUCCUAAGAACAUGCACAAUCUGAUCCUUGGCUGUCUACUGGACUUGUGUGAGAACCCAAAGACAAUACACCAUGUCCUUACUUGGCGUGGAAAUGACAAUGCCUCGGCGCCUCAUCUUUUCUGUGACAUCUUCCGCAACGAGGAACGUGAGCUCGGAGUGAGGCGAAGUAAAGAUGGUGCCAUUUUAGACCACACUCGACCUUUGAUGGGCGUCCUUCAAGAGAAACAAGGAGUUAUACCACAACCGGCGGCCAACCCCAGUCAGGCCAUAGUCGAUGUGUCGGAGAACAUGAGGGCAAAAAUAUACUCCAUCUUCUGUAAGAUAGGGUUUACUGACCUGCCCGGUCUGACUGUCGAUGAUCAUGUAACUUUGACUGUCGUUGAGAAAUACCUCGACUUUAAGAUGGGGGAGGUGUGGAAUGAAGUGAUAGCAGAGCUUAGUGAGGAACAGGUUCGACCUGUAACCCCUGACCUUGAGGCCAUAGAGGCCAUCUCCAGGGCGAUUGAGGAACGUGUACACAUCGUGUCAGGUACACAACAGGAGCUAUUGGAGGCCCAGCAGAACCAGGAUGUCCUUGACGAGCAGGAGUUCUACGCGGAGAUACGAGAAAACCACAGACAGAAAGAAAAGGCUAUGAAUGAUUUCGCAGACUACGUAGCCAGGACAUCAAACUUUGCCCUAUUGAAGGCUGCUGGAGACAGACAGGAACUGUCUAUAGAAGCCUCGAGGUUACAGACAAAAUACAAAGAAAGCGAGACCUUCCACAAUACUGACCUCAAGGCACUCCACACCACGACGUUCAGUGGCCGUACUAUUGCGGUGGAGAGUACCUCAAACAAACUCACUGGAGGACCUCUGAACAAGUACGACCCUAAAUCGGGAACGCUUCGGGAGAGAAAGUUCAUCAAACAGCUGACGAAUAUCAGCGCUAAAUAAGCUGCAGUGAUCACGUGGGUGGAGAGAUAAGGACAUGGCGUUGGUGUAAGGGUCUAACAUUCUCCUGAUUCAUACGCCUCGGGGAAGAAUUCUACCAGAGUGACUAAGACUCAGUAUCUGUUACAAAUCACAUGGAAACAGUUGAUCUACUUGGAUUUUACCCAAACAUGCUGCUCACUUUCUGUUACAAAUGUUUUGUUCAUUACAAAAUAUGAUGAAGAGACAUGUAUGAUUGAGAGAAAGAAAAAAAAACCAGAAAAAACAUAUCGGAAGAAACACGGAGCAAACCAUAGCUCAGAUGGAGAUAUAAAACUACAUUGGAUAAAAAGACGGAAUGCACUAUCUAUAAGUACUGUUUUUUGACUUCAUAUGUUGUAAAAUUAAAAGCACGUACAUGAAUUUAAUCUGUUUGAAUGACUAUUUAUUUACAGAUUUAUUCUUAUUAUAAUUACAUGUUUAUACGAAAUAAAUCUAAUGAAGCCUUAAAUGUGUACUAAGAAUGUAAAUAAAACUUUGAUA